AAGGGAACCUUGAGGAAGAAUUUCACAGUUACAGAGCAGAAGCAGAGGAAAGGAAUUAACCAGCUCUCCAGCCAAGCAAAUCCUCUACUCACCAUGCUUCCUCCUGCCAUUCAUUUCUAUCUCAUUCCCCUUGCAUGCAUCCUAAUGAAAAGCUGUUUGGCUUUUAAAAAUGAUGCCACAGAAAUCCUUUAUUCACAUGUGGUUAAACCUGUUCCAGCACACCCCAGCAGCAACAGCACGAUGAAUCAAGCCAGAAAUGGAGGCAGGCAUUUCAGUAACACUGGACUGGAUCGGAACACUCGGGUUCAAGUGGGUUGCCGGGAACUGCGUUCCACCAAAUACAUCUCUGACGGCCAGUGCACCAGCAUCAGCCCUCUGAAAGAGCUGGUGUGCGCUGGGGAGUGCUUGCCCCUGCCGCUGCUCCCCAACUGGAUCGGAGGAGGCUAUGGCACAAAGUACUGGAGCAGGAGGAGCUCCCAGGAGUGGAGGUGUGUCAAUGACAAGACACGUACCCAGAGAAUCCAGCUGCAGUGCCAAGAUGGCAGCACACGCACCUACAAAAUCACCGUGGUCACCGCCUGCAAGUGCAAGAGGUACACUCGGCAGCACAAUGAAUCCAGUCAUAACUUCGAGAGCAUGUCGCCCGCCGAGCCAGCCCAGCAUCACAGAGAGCGGAAAAGAGCCAGCAAACCCAGCAAGCACAGCAUGAGUUAGAACUCAGGCUCUCAAAACUGGACUGAGUGGUAACCAUCUGCUUUACAGAUUUGAUUGCUUGGAAGACUC